GAACAAAAUAUAGCCGCAGUCUACAUUCUAUCUUAUACAUCGGUACAACGACUUCGAUUCCUCAUUUCUAUUUUAACCCGCAGCACUUGUUUCUAAUAUUUUCUAUCGGGAACAAUGCAACGCGCUGUUGUUGUGAAAUUCUCACGGAACAUGGCUUCAUUAAGCCAUGCAAGAAUGAGUGGAGAACGUGGAUCUGGAGCUGGCAAAGGCGGUGGUGGUGGUGGUACUAUCCGUGAAGCAGGUGGAUCCUUUGGUAAGAUGGAAGCGGCCCACGAAGAUCAGUAUUUCUAUAAUCUGCAAAAGGAACAAUUCAAAAAACUAAAAGAGGACCUCCACGAUGAGAUCUCGUUCCAUGAGGAACAGAUCAAGCGUCAUCAAGAAGCCAUAAACCGCCACAAACAGAGAAUCACAGAUAUGAACCACAAUUGAGUUGCAUAAGGUGCACCGUUCCAAAAAUCCUGCAAAAUGUCCUUCAUAACAAUAUAGAUGUUAAGCUUUGAAGAUAGUAGCAGCGGUAGAUAUAAUCAUGACUGUACUUGUUUUUCUUUUUGAUUACAAUGUUAAGUGAUAUAAUAAACUAUCAUUGAUUUUAUUACUUAUUAAAUAAAAAAAAGGCAGCCGUUUA